UGAUAUAGAAGAGAAACGGCGGACUAGCAUGGAAGAUGAAUGUAUCACUCAAACCAAAAGUCAUUUUGAACAUGCCGACCAAGUGAAACAACAAGUCAAUGAUCUAUGUACUUCGUCUAUUCAAGUUACUGAUGAUUUAUUGAAACAACUCUCUAUCAUAUUGGACAUAUAUCAAGAACAGUCUCACCUACUCGACCCUUAUUUGGAAGAUCUCGUUACGCCGAUCAUGACCUGCCUUAGAGAAAGGAUACAACAACGACCCAUCAUGCCAGAAAACACUCAUCAUUUAUUUCGCUUCCUUUAUCUUUUGACAAAAACAAGAGGAUAUAAAACUAUUGUUAAGUUUAUGUCUCAUGAAGUCACUGACCUUGAAUCAGUAUUCCAUUUUUUGUCCAACCUUGAUGAUACCAAUAUUCAGAUUUGGGAAACUCGAUAUAUCUGUUUUGUAUGGUUAUCACUGAUUUGUAUGAUUCCUUUUGACCUGAAAAGAGUGGAUAGUGGAUCUGAUAUUUCUCUAAUUACAAGGUUACUCGAUUUAUGCAAGUAUUACCUCAAGGCAACAGGGAAAGAGCGUGACGGUGCAAGUCUUUUAGUAGCACGACUUUUAAGCAGACGGGAUCUUUGUGAUGAUUAUCUGGUUCCUUUUGUAGAAUGGUCCAAGAUGAAACUGGCAAAAGAUGCUGAAGUUUUCGAAACGGCUGGUAUACUUUCAAGUUUAUGUACUCUUUAUCAAUUCUCUCCAAGAAAAGUAUUAUUACCAACUUUGGAUGAUAGUAUCUUCCCUUUACUGUCUAUGCCUUUUUUUGAUAAAUAUGAUAACAACUCAUUGAUUCGCAAGUUACGUAUGAAGUUGACUCAACGUGUUGGACUUUGCUAUCUCAAACCAAAAUUAGCUUCUUGGAGAUAUCAACGAGGUAGUCGAUCUUUACGGAAUAAUUUGGAUCAAGGUAUACCAUUAUCAGUGAAUAUACCAUCUCAAAGUGAUACAACAAUGAAUAAUGAAAAUGAUGAUGAUGAAGAUAUAUCUGAACAUUUGGAAACGAUCAUUGAUAUUUUAUUGAAUGGACUACGUGACAAGGAUACUAUUGUUCGAUGGUCAGCUGCUAAAGGGAUGGGCCGUAUUACGCAGCGUCUACCUCAAGAACUUGCUGAAGAUGUGAUUGGCUCUUUAUUGGAACUUUUUGAAGAAAAUACGUUCAAGCCAAAGGGUUGUGAUGAAUUAGAUUUGACAGCAGUAUCAGAUCAUACUUGGCAUGGUGUAUCAUUAGCUGUGGCUGAAUUAGCUCGUCGUGGUUUAUUACUUCCUGCACGUCUUGAAGAGACAAUACCUUGGAUUAUAUUGGGAUUGAAAUUUGACCUGAAACGUGGAUCUCACUCUAUUGGGGCACAUGUUCGUGAUGCUGCCUGUUAUGUAUGCUGGUCAUUUGCUCGAGCCUAUGCUCCUGAAAUCAUGGCUCCAUUUGUCAAAGAAGUGGCUCAAAAUUUGGUGGUUGUAUCUGUAUUUGAUCGUGAAAUCAACGUUCGCCGUGCAAGCAGUGCUGCUUUUCAAGAAAAUGUUGGUAGACAGGGUAUUUUUCCUAUGGGCAUUGACAUCAUUCAGUUGGCAGAUUACUUUUCCCUUGGCAACCGAACCAAUUCCUUCCUUCAGGUGGCUGUAGCUAUCGCAAAGUUUGAAGAUUAUCGAUAUCACCUAAUUGAUCACCUUGUUACCACGACAUCAAAACAUUGGGACAAAUCUAUGCGUGUGCUUGCUUCCAAAACUUUAUAUCAACUGGUACCAUUGGACCCUGUUUAUUUUAUGGAUCAAGUUUUACCUUCAUUGGUGCCUUUAUCAACAUCUAAAGAUAUGAUUAUUUCUCAUGGUGCUUUGCUCUCGCUUGGUGAAAUUUGCUUCUCUCUUUGGGAAUGUCGACAACAAGAUGAACAAAAAAAUGUUAUAUGGAAUAAGAAUGAAACCUUGAUUCAGGAUAUUGCUGGCGUGGUAGCAAAAAUACCUUCACGAUCUUUGUCAACAUUUGGAUCUGAACACAUUCGGGAAGCAACAUGUCAACUUGUGGAAUAUAUGUGCAGAAUUCGAUUGAUUGACAAUGACAAAGAAAACACAGCGAUUCAAAUGAUUGAUGGUUGGAAACGUAUCAUUCAAACAUCUUUGGAACGAAAAGAAGAAAAUGUGCAAGAAUAUGCUGUGGGUGCAUUUGGUGCUUUAUCUCGUACUUACGGCAUUCAACGAUCAGAAGUUGAUAUCUAUCUAAAGAAGAUUGAGACAACUCAUAUGAUGUACGGUAGACGAGGUUAUGCUUUAGCUCUUGGGACUUUGGAUUACAAUAUGGAAGAACGAUAUUCUUGGCUACAUGACGUCUUGCAUCAAUUGGGCUUGGCAACUCGAAUUCAAGUAGAUCAUAUAGCCAAUGAUGUAGAAGCAAAAAGAAACGCGGUGAUUGGUCUAACUACGAUCUUGAAAGGAUUGAAUGACACUACAUUGAUCAAAGGUAUGUCAUUGGAUGAUCAUUUAUUUGUUAUCGACACAUUGGAAUCUUGUUUAAAGGAUUAUAGUACAGAUCAGCGUGGUGAUGUCGGUUCCUGGGUACGCUCAGCAAGCAUGGAAUGUAUUCGUUAUUACAUGCCUCUCAUAGCAAGAUUAGAUACUGUGAAAGUUUUGUCAAAUUUGGAUACAAACGGUCGAAUGAUCAGUAUGUUAAUGAAACAAUCUGUUGAACGUAUCGAUCGUGUUCGUGGAUUAGCUGGUUCUGUUUUGGUGGAACUUGUCUCCUGUGAUGCAAUUAUCAUUCCACACCAUGAUAAACUGAAGGAACUUUUAACAAGUGAUCUCUCGUUUUCUACUCCUGGUGAAUUAUACCCUGUCAUGGUUGAUUUAUUAUACUAUCCUAGUUAUCGAUUAGAGUUAUUAACUGGGCUCAUUGCAAGUGCUGGUGGACUGACUGAAUCUUUGGUUCGUCAUGCUAGUUCUUGUCUCAUCGAAUUUAUCAACAAACUACCUCCAAAUACCAACGACACUUCGGAUAACUGCUCUAGGGAAGAUAUUAUCCGGACCAUGUAUGACAUUUUCGCAAGAUAUGAAAAACAAGACCGGGUAAUCAUACCAUUGAUGGAUGUAAUUGGACUUUUGUAUGAAACUGGAAGUCUGUCAGUUAUUGAAAAUGAAACUAUUCAUCUCAAACUGAUGACACUUGUUAGAAAAGAAUCCUUUAAAGCAAAAAAUGUGAAAAAGUUGUUAUCUACUAUCAAAAUAUAUGUCGGAUUCAUCUCUUUGUCUGGAACUCAAGUGAAAAUCAAGGCCUUGCAACAAAUGUUGUCUUAUUUGGUUCACGGUUACCCUAGAAUUCGUAUGGAAGUCGCUGACCAACUGUUUACUUUUUUAUCGGUUUUGAAUGAUGAUGAGAUGACUGAUGGAACUAUGCAAGCUGAAGAAAUCAUUACUGGCACUGAUUGGUCGAUGUCUAUUGAUGAAAUCAAACCUUUACGUGAUCAAUUGUAUGAUUUUCUUGGUAUUCCAAAACCUGUGGUACGACCUUCCAAGUAGUUUUAGAUAUAUUUUGUAUUUUUGCAUGAUUUUACAUGGUGGCUUUUUCUCUAUCCAAUAAAAGAAACGUCCUCCACUU